AUGUCCCGUGGAAGAACUUACCCUCGCUGCUUACUAUGUGGUGAGUUAUUAAAUAAGGAAGGAUAUCGUGAUGGCUCGAUAGCCCAGUCAAUGGCGGACAAAAAGGAAGAAAUAAAAGAAGAAAGCCAGGAGUUUUACGAAAAAGUUAAAAAAUUAGCCGAGGAAGAAAGCAAAGCCAAUUUAGCCCAGAGAAUUAAUGAGGCUUUUUCUUGCCAGAGUUGCGGAAAGUUUAUUGAAUUAACUGAUGAGGACUAUACUAUGGAAAGCAAGUCGGGAUAUUAUUGUCAAAAUUGUAUUGUUAGUGAAAACAAAGAUAAAAUUAAGAAGCAGACACCACAAAUUACUUGUUCCUUAUGUAAGAAAAGCAUUGCUAGUGAUUAUUAUUUAGUAGGAGAGCAACCG